AUGAACAAUUUGAGUGACGAUGUUUGCUUGGAGGAAUUAGGAGAGGGUAAAGAAGACGAUGAACGAUUUUGUUCCUAUAGUUGGAAUAUUGAGAAUCCUGAAUUGGUGCAUCAUCCCACCUUACGUUUAACCUGUUCUCCUUUUGGUUAUCUGAAGCUUGCUAUCUUUGUUGUGUAUAAAGAAGAAAAAAGGAAAACGGAGAUGGUGGUGACCAGCUUUGUGAAGCUCCGUUGGGAAAUAGAGCUGAAGAAAGAGGGAUGGCACAGUCACUCCAUUGACAUUCCUUCAACAGAUGACCAAAUUCCACUGCUUCCUCAAACUAAAAAAAAAAAGAUAGAAAAAGGGAGAGUAGUGGAUCAUUUGAGCAAGAUAAAUGAAACAAAUGGUGAAGAUACAUCGGGGUCGCAAACAAAUGAAUCUGCAAAUCAAAUCUGUGAUAAAAUGUUUGCGCAUUUAGACAAUUUAUCUAUCAAAUCACCUACCAUAUUCAAAGUAAAUGUGGGGCUUCGUGAAUCAAAUCCAGGUGCUUGUACACCAAAGAUGGUCUCUAUUGGUCUUUACCAUAAGAAAGAUUCUCAACUUUGGCAAAUGGAAAAGUACAAAGCAUUGUACCUACGGCGGUUUCUUCAACGGAAAGAGGAGUUUGGUGUGGAAAGUUGCAUCAAUGAAUUAAUGGAAUUGAAAGAGGAAGCACUAAAGUGUUAUGAUGAUAUAGAAAACUAUGGUCAUGACAUGAAUAAGAUUUUGUCUAUUGGGUCUGAUAGUAUAGGAGUGCUCAAUUAUUACAUUAGUUGCAUUGCUGAUCGAUUCUUGCAAAUGUUGUUGCUUGAUGGUUGUUUUGUGGUUGGGUUCAUUCGAGAGUUACAAGAAGAGUAUCCCCAAGGAGAAGAUAAAAUUAUCAAUACUAAUGUUGGUUGCAUACGUGAUCAAGUGACUCGAGACUUGAUGUUACUAGAAAAUCAACUUCCCUUCUUUAUCCUCGACAAGCUUCAUCGCAUGUCAAAGCAAGAUAAUGAAUUACCAUUCGCAAUAAUAGCGAAGGGUUGCUUUCAUAUUAACUUGCCAAAAGGGACUCCUUUAGCACUUCUAGAACUAUUUUAUAAUGCUAAUGCAAGAAAGAUCAAACAUUUACUUCAUUUAGGCCAAACCCAUCGAGUGGAAAACUUUAGCAGUGGAAACAAUCUUUUUUUAGAAAUCAAAUUCUGGUCGCCAUUGAUUUCGUCUUCAAUGACGAUUUACGAUGACGAAGGGAAGUUGAUGGAGGAGGGAGGGGUGAGGUGGGGGUGGGUGAAUUUUAGAAACAAGUUUAAGGGGCUAUCGAUGGGUUUGGCCCUCCAUUUAAUACACAUGUCAUGGCAUAUUGUGAAUCCCAACACAUAUCCCGGAAAGAAAAGCUUAUGCUGCAAUCCUUUGCAAAUAUUUAGGUCGAAAGAAAAGCCGAAAGAUAAGGAUUACAAGGUCAUGCCAAAUGCAACAGAGCUUUCCGGAGCUGGGGUUAGCUUCACAAAUUUCGAAAACAUUUAUAGGUCGUGUGACGAAGGUGGUAUUUUGGAUACAAGUUAUUUUGAUAUAAAGUUCGAGAAUGGAGUGAUGAAAAUUCCUUGCCUUCAUCUCUUUGAUAGAACCGAGUACAAACUGGGAAAUCUCAUUGCUUUUGAACAACAAUCUGAUGUACAUAAAUAUUUCAGUGAUUUUGCCGUUCUCAUGGAUCAGCUUAUCGACUCAGAAAAAGAUGUGAGUUUGCUUCGCCAGAAAGGGAUCAUUGUGAACGAGAUAGGAAAGGACAAAGAAGUGACUAGAAUCUUCAACACAAUAGGACAAGGUGUCUGCCCUUCCGACCGCUUUUAUGACAAAGAAGAAUACAGAAAAAUAAUUCAACAUUGUGAAAAACCAUGGAACAAAAUGAAAGCAAGUUUGAUCCACAAUUAUUUUAGUAGUCUUUGGGUAGGAGCUUCAACUGUGUCAGCUAUUAUACUCCUCAUUCUCACAACUAUCCAAACUAUUCUAGCUUUCACAGGUAGCGUUAAGUAGCUAGUAAUUAUUUUUAUUAUCAUGAUUGUCUGAAUAUCUCAAUUGUAGUGUUUCUUCACAACUCCAUGCAUGUAAUUUGCAUGUGUGUUGAUGAGCUAAGGGGUAUUUCAUUAAUUCUAUUUCCCCCUUCUUUAU